AUGACAUCCAUCCAUCCAUCCAUCCAUCCAUCCAUCUAUCUAUCUAUCUAUCUAUCUAUCUAUCUAUCUAUCUCAGUCUGUCCAUAUCUAUCUAUCUAUCUAUCUAUCUAUCUAUCUAUCUAUCUAUCUAUCUAUCUAUCUCACAUGUACUUAUCUAUCUAUCUAUCUAUCUAUCUAUCUAUCUAUCUAUCUAUCUAUCUAUCUACAUGUAAAUAUGUUCAUAUCAAUCUAUUUAUCUAUGUAAAUAUGUUCAUAUCUAACUAUCUAUCUACGUACUUUUUCUUUCUUUCUUUCUUUCUUUCUUUCUUUGACAUAUCUUUCUCGCCCAGUCAUUCCCUAUCUAUCUAUCUAUCUAUCUAUCUAUCUAUCUAUCUAUCUAUCUAUCUAUCUAUGUGCAUGCUCUGUUCAUUCAUCUAUCUAUCUAUCUAUCUAUCUAUCUAUCUAUCUAUCUAUCUAUUGCAGUCUCUCACCGGCGCGUUUCGUCUUCUAUCUAUCUAUCUAUCUAUCUAUCUAUCUAUCUAUCUAUCUAUCUAUCUAUCUAUCUAUAUAUGUGACUCUGUAUCUAUCUAUAUCAGUCUGUUCAUCCAACUCAAUAUCUAUAUAGUUAUUUAUGUUUUCUAUCUAUCAAUCUAUCUGUCUAAUUAUCUAUCGCAUUCCAUCUAUUCAUAUCUAUCUAUCUAUAUAUCUAAGUCUGUUCAUCUAUCUAUCUAUCUAUCUAUCUAUCUAUCUAUCUAUCUAUCUAUCUAUUGCAGUCUCCGGCGCGUUUCGUCUUCUAUCUAUCUUCUAUCUAUCUAUCUAUCUAUCUAUCUAUCUAUCACUAUUCGAAGAUGA